AUGUCAUCAGACGUGAGCACAGGACGGAGACCUCGUGUAGUUUCGUUAGGAAGACCUGAGUUUAUUGGUGAAAAAUAUAUCGGAGAGUUCCAGAAAGACUUCGAUUAUGAUAUUCUCGACGUCACCAAUCACCAAGAAGCAUUGGAAAAACUACCACUCAUGCUCAAACAACAUGGGCCCAUAGACGCUUUCAUAAUUCGAAUGGGUAGACCUCCCUAUCGUCCAUUUGACAAGAUCUUCAAGCUCCUCGCUCCUCACUGUAAAAUCAUUGCUUCAGCAGCAGCUGGCUACGAUGAUUUAGCAGAGGAAUGGUGCACCGAGCAAGGGAUAUGGCUAUGCAACAGUGUCAAUGCUGUAGCCGAAGCCACCGCAGAUAUGGCAUUCUUUCUUACCCUGGCCGUUAUCCGAGAUACUUACCGCGGUGAACGUUGCCUACGGGAGGGCAACUGGAGAGGCCCUGUUGUACCGAGUAGGGAUCCUUGGGGCAUGACACUAGGCAUAGUUGGACUGGGCGCCAUUGGGAAAUGCCUGGCAAAGCGAGCGGUUGCGUUCAACAUGAAGAUCAAGUACUACAACCGUCGGAGGCUGAGUGCUGAAGAUGAGGAAAGGUACCAUGCAACACAUUGCCCAUCACUGAACGAGCUGCUCGCACAAUCCGACGUGGUAUCGAUCAACUGCCCCCUCACAAAAGAAACAGAAAAUAUGAUAUCGACCAAGGAGUUUGAAACAAUGAAGGACGGGGCUUUCAUCGUCAACACUGCUCGAGGAGCCAUUGUUGACGAGACUGCUCUCAUCAAUGCUUUAGAAAACGGAAAGAUUACAAGAGCUGGAUUGGACGUUUUUCUGAAUGAACCUGACCUGAAUGAGUAUUUCAAGACGAGUGACAAAGUGGCCAUUCAGCCUCAUAUUGCUGGUUUGACAGACUUGGCAUUUCAGCGAGGAGAAAGGGAGGCAUUCGAGAACAUCAAAGCCUUAUUCAAGACUGGAAUGCCUGUAUCUCCUGUCAAUUAUCCAACCAUGAGGAUAUUCACAUGA